AUGGACGGCUCACUAGAAUCACGAGUUCCGCACGAUGAUAUCCAAUCCAGAGGCAUGCAGCUCUUUGCUGUACAGCUGUCCUUUAUGCUCGCUGCCGGCUUCUUCGUCUUGGCAAGAGCCUACGUCAAAGUAUGCAUCGUCAAGAGUUUAGCUAUCGAUGACUGGCUUAUCUUCGGGGCCAUGCUUGGUUACACAGCAUAUGGUGGCAUCGCCCUCCACGGCAUCACCAACGGUGCUACGGGAAAGCACAUUACAGAGCUCACAGUCGACCAAGCCGCCGUCUCCCUCAGAGCCUGGUACAUCUGCGAAGUCUUGUACUCUCCAAUCACGCUGGCGAUCCGAACCUCGAUUUGUCUCUUGCUCCUCCGUCUCGCUCUCAACAAAGUCCACCGCUGGAUCAUCUAUGCGAACCUCGUCGUCGUCUGGAUGAUCUCCAUCGCCUUCUUCUGCAUCAUGACUUUCCAGUGCAUGCCUCCGUCCUACUUUUGGAGGCAACUAUACGGAGACCCGGGGUCGUGUAUCAACUUCAAUAUUGUUCCGGACGCGACCAUUGCUCACAGCAUCAUCUCGGCGAUAUCAGACUGGUGCAUGGGUCUGCUGCCGAUUGCCCUCUUGUGGAACGUCAACUUGAACCGGCGCACAAAGGCCCUUGUUGCCGUUCUCCUGAGUAUGGGCAUGGUCGACGUCGCCAUCUGGAGCGUUCUGGAGCCCGCGCUAGGCAUCAUUGCGGCGUCUGUCACCAGUCUCCGACCUCUCUUCCAGAACUGGGGCUUCGGCUGGAGCAACAAGAGCAAACAAUCUCGUCCGUCGGGCGCAGGCUGGGUCAACACUAGCGGUCACCCAGGAACAAAGGAAACGUCCGGCGCCGUCGCCAGGGGAGGCAAAUCCGAAAACUCAAACUCUACCGUACGAACAUUUAACGACAUUGACAGGGCUCUGUCCGGCACCGGGUCCGAUAUCGAGCUGAACAAGACGGUCCGAGACGACGGGCGGGACGAGUACGAGGAGUACGAUGCGUCGAGGCCGUCUUCUGAUCUCGGUCAGAGGAGCCACGUCCAGGAGACGCAGGCGCGCGACAGGCCGGUCAUCAACGUCCGUACGACUAUUGAUAUCAUGUCGCACUCGACACACUCAAUCGAUCAAGUUCUGCCGCCGGCGGAAUGCUCUGUUGGCGACAGGGAAGAGAAGGGGACGCAAGGAGAUGCGGGGGAUCGCAGAGGCAAGGUGAUGUAG